AUGUUGCCAUGGCUUCUUGUCUUCUCUUUGGGUCUCCAGGCCUGGGGUGAUUCCUCCUGGAACAAAACACAAGCUAAACAGAUAUCAGAGGAGCUUCAGCAGCUCCUGGCCAACAUCUCCCAGCUCAUUGAAAAAGGAAAACUGGGUCUUGAUGAUGUCUUCACCAUGGUCUCUCGCCAGGAGUGGGGAGCAGGAGCUGUUGGCUGCAGCACUCGGCUGACCAUGCCGGUGGACAUCCUUGUCAUACACCAUGUCCCUGGACUGGAGUGUCACAACCAGACAAUCUGCAGCCAGAGGCUGCGGGAGCUGCAGGUCUACCACACCCACAACAACAGCAGCUGCGACGUGGCCUACAACUUCCUGGUUGGGGAUGACGGCAGGGUGUAUGAAGGUGUUGGCUGGAACGUCCAAGGGGUGCACACCCAGGGCUACAACAACGUGUCCCUGGGCUUUGCCUUCUUUGGCACUAAGGAAGGCCACAGUCCCAGCCCUGCUGCCCUGUCAACCAUGGAGGGACUAAUAUCCUAUGCUGUCCAGAAGGGCUACCUGUCAUCCAGGUACAUUCAGCCACUUCUUGUGAAGGGGGAAAACUGCCUGGCCCCUCGGCAGAAGGCGAGUCUGAAGAAAGCUUGCCCCAGCAUUGUCCCCCGGUCUGCUUGGGGGGCUGGGGAGACCCACUGUCCAAAGCUGAACCUCCCUGCUAAGUACACCAUCAUCAUCCACACUGCUGGGAGGACCUGCAACAUGUCUGAUGAGUGCCGCCUGCUGGUCCAGGACAUCCAGUCCCUCUUCAUGGACAGAGUCAAGUCAUGCGACAUCGGGUAUAACUUCCUUGUGGGCCAGGAUGGUGUCAUUUACGAAGGGGUGGGCUGGAAUUUCCAAGGCUCCCAUACCUUUGACUACAACGAUAUUGCCCUGGGCAUCGCCUUCAUGGGCACCUUCACAGGUACCCCACCCAAUGCCGCAGCACUGGAGGCAGCCCAGGACCUGAUCCAGUGUGCUGUGGUCGAGGGCUACCUGACUCCCAACUACCUGCUGGUGGGCCACAGUGAUGUGGCCAACAUUCUGUCCCCUGGGCAGGCUUUGUACAACAUCAUCCGCACCUGGCCUCAUUUCAAACCCUGA